AUUUUUUUUUUAUCUACAAAGGAGGCUAAGUCGCAGGCUAACGUAAGCUACCCGUCAGACACCCUCUGUCAAACUGACCACAGCUCUAAUUUGAUAUUUAACCUGUAAAAACACACACCAACGCACAAGAUAGCUAAUGUUAGCUCAUGUACAAACAAUUACCCUCCUUAGCUACUUAAGGAGCUGACUAAGUUACAACGAAACUGCAGCUGCUUUUUAUCUUUACAGUUAGCAUGCUUAGAUAAAGGGGUCUGCUAUAUUUAUACCCCCAAUAGCUAACUUAAGUGCAAAGAUGGCUUUUUUUCUUCGCUUCCGGUUUAGUUCAGGCGUGACAUCUGUUUAUUCGUAAUGGUGUCUAUACGUGAUAAAAAAAAAAUUAUAAUGCAUCAUUCAUUUUGAACAUGAAAUUGAGUAUAUUGUGUUUACGUUUACGUUUAUUUCCACCCAAACCUCUGCAGAUGUUUAUUUUCUAACUAAUCCCAGUAUUUGCUAACGUAACAUCUCUGCUGUUAUUGACAUUGGCCAGCGGUUAUUUCGAAAAUGAAACAACCGUGUCUAACGUUACCAUAAUGCUGGAACAAGAAAGCGGUUAUAUAUUAGGGUUUAGGUGGCUGUAUACGUACAUAAAGGUGUAAAUGUUCAAUCUUAAACCCUAUCUUGUUUUCUGGUUCAAUACGUGCUGUGGUCCAUGAGUGGGAUGAGCCCUGUUUCCAUAGUUUCCUCCACAGAGGCCUGUGAUGUCAACACAGCACUGCCCAUUCACACCCCUCCUCUCCCUCUUCUUCCACCUUACUGUGUGAACAGCAAUGAGUCACCAAGCAAGCUCAACGUCUCAAUUAUUAUUCCUUUGCCAUUUAUAAGCAUCCUGUGGGUUUCAAGGUAAAUGUGUCACACAGUAGCUUGCACAAUGCAAACCUGGAAGCAUCAAGGUGGGUUGAGAGUAGUGUUGGGCUAGUUACUCAAACAUGUUUAUUUAUCACUCAUUACUCAUUACUCUUUUCAAAAGUAAUAUUGUUACUUACGUAUCACUCCCUGCCAACAGUAAUUGCUUACACUACUAAUGAUAUUUCUUUUCUCCUACUCCUCACAAAGUUGGUGACCUCUGAGCAUUACUGGCUAUUUAGUUAUUCAUCACAAUAAAGCAAGACAACAGUUCUGACUGUAUUUGUUGGGCCUAAAAAUGGUUUCCACUGAUAGGGGCUUUAGCGUUUUUUGCCGGCACUGUAGUUUCUAUUAUACGUACCGUGGCACUACCAAAAUACAUUGCACGGCUGCUUACAUAGACAAUGAAUGGAAAGUUCACAGGUAUUAGUCUGCCCUUUGAGUUGACUUCUACUUGUGUGAACCAACCCGACCUUUUGACAAUUUUGGGUGUACACAAGGGUAAUUUUCAACACGAUCACACCCACAGCAAUCUCCUUUGAUUGACAGCUUCUAGUUGGCUACCUGAACAUCAGGCAAACACCUCGGUUAUUAAUUACACAUGAUUCCUGACAACAAGUACGGAACAAUGGUGGCAACACACUGUGGUUAAGUGAUCAGUUGUUUGCAAAAACUCAGUCAAGCCAGCUGCUAUUUAGAUUCUGAUGUGUGUCCAUGCUGUUGCAAAAAGAUGAAAGACUCCCAUUACUGCAGUCAUUUCUCACAUUAUGCUACACAACCUAAUUCAACCCUGUUCUGUUGGUUCAGGAUGACCAAAUAACUCCUAAUUUGAUAAAAACUGUUUCCAUAAGAGAAAAUUGAAGGAAAAGUAAUUUUGGAAGGCACCAAAAAAAUUUCAACUUAACAAAAAAACUAAAACAAAGGGCCCAUGCCAGAAAAACUGUGUAUACUUACUUCUGAAUAUAAUUUUUCGCCUUUUCAAACUGCAGUCAGUUGUUCCUGUGGUAAAAGUGGAAAAGCUGGAGCAGCUGCAGUAAAAGUAGAAAAGGUUUACACUGGUAGACACAGCUUCCUUCUUUCAUUUGUGCAGCAACCUUCUUGAAAAGGUUGCAGUGUGAUAUUUGCUUUCAGAUUGAGUGUUAUAUAAAAAUCUCCAGUUGGAAAAACAAUAUAACUUAGACUUAAGUGAAAUGGACCAACCCUAUCAACAACAUGUGAAUGGAUGGUAAUUAAGAACCAGUUCCAGUUGAGAACCAAUUCAAAUUGUCCGAUCCAUCAGAAUCGUGCGCUACUGAGAUUAUUAAUACCUUUUAUCAAUGCUGCCAUGUUUUUCUGACAGUCUGACAGACACAAUUGAUCAGGAAUCAAUAAGGGAAUCAACAAAGAAUCGUACUGAUAAGCAGAUUCAAUAAUAAUGUUGGUUCAAUACAAUAUUAUCUGUUCCCAUCCCUACAAAAUAAAUAAAAUGCAUUAUCUGAGCCUGCGGUGUUACUGGGCUGACUGUCUGUGCUGGGUUAGGUGUUACAUCACCUUGGCAGUCGGUUAACACUCGUGCUUUUUUCAGAUUGUUGCUCCAGACAUACUUUUGAGCAAUCUUACCCACGGGGAGGACCUGUCUAGGCAUAAAUUGCAGUUCGACAUGCUGAAGGAGUGAGGUCCAGUAGGGAUACUAUCUUCACCUCCUCUAUACCGAUUCCUCAACCAAGCUAAACAAGGAAAACAGGCCAAACUACAGCAAGACGCGGUGAUAACCACAUGCAUGAUGAGAGUCCCUGUGUUCUGUGUGAUGGGGCUAGCAUUUAUCUGCCACAGCCACUGCCUGGGAAUACAAAACCCUCUGUAUGGGUUCAAAAGGUCUCAGGAAAAUGUCUUGCCAGAUCCCAGCGACUGUGUGUCUAGAACCAGGCAGCAGCCGGUCUUAACAAACCCACACAAUUUCUCUUUGGAUAUUCGGAUGCCUGGUGUUGUCCCAGCUGGAUCGGACACUUACCUGUGCAUGGCAUUUCCUGUACCAACUAGUCGAGAUUCGUAUAUUGUGGACUUCAUACCUCAUGCCAGUAUGGACACAGUCCAUCACAUGUUACUGUUUGGCUGCCAGACCCCUGUCUCCACCACCAGCUAUUGGGACUGUGGCAGUGUACAAGGUACUUGUGAGGAUGAAGCUUCCAUUAUGUAUGCCUGGGCUCGGAAUGCACCACCCACUAAAUUACCAAAAGAUGUUGGUUUUAAAGUUGGAAGAAAUUCCGGAACAUCCUACUUUGUGCUGCAGAUUCAUUAUGGAGAUGUCACUGCUUUCAGAGACCAUCAUAGAGAUUGCUCAGGACUUACCUUAAGAAUGACGUCAAAACCGCAACCCUUCAUUGCUGGCAUUUACCUGCUCAUGUCUGUGGAUACGGUUAUCCUUCCAGGAAAAAAAGUUACAAAUGCAGACAUCGCCUGCGAUUACACUUCAUAUCCCAUCUACCCGUUUGCCUUCAGGACCCACACACACCACCUUGGUAAAGUGGUCAGUGGCUACAGGAUCCGAGAUGGGAAGUGGAGCAUGAUUGGAAGACAGUCCCCUCAGCUACCACAGGCUUUCUAUCCUGCUAACAAGGAGUUGAACGUGAAGAAUGGCGACACCAUUGCAGCCAGAUGUAUGUUCACUGGUGAGGGCAGAACCUCCAAGACUUAUAUUGGUGGUACCUCUGCUGAUGAAAUGUGCAACUUCUAUAUAAUGUACUACAUGGACAGCAAACACGCCAUACCCUACAUGAACUGCAUGGAGACCGGCUCCAAUGAGCUGUUUCAGGAUAUUCCAGCUGAGGCUAAUGUUCCCAUUGCUGUCAGUCCGGGUCAUAUGAACUCUAUGACGCAUAUGGGACACACAACAGAUCAACAACUUAACAGAUUGUUGAAUACAAACAAUGCAGAGAAGGUUCUGGAUCAGGACUACCAUUUGGAGCAAGUCUCAGUGUGGCCUCAGAGUUCUCUCCAACUGGGUCAGGUGUCAGGACUUGCCCUCGAUGCAGAUUCUAACUUGGUCAUUUUCCACAGAGGUGACCACCACUGGGGGGCAGAAUCUUUUAACAGCCAGGCUAGAUACCAGCAGAUGUUCCUUGGUCCUAUUCAGCAGUCAACUAUUUUGGUUGUGGAUCCAGUCAAAGGCAACAUCCUGAAGGCUUCUGGCAGAAACAUGUUUUACUUGCCUCAUGGAAUAACUACAGACAAGGAGAAUAAUUACUGGGUCACUGAUGUGGCUCUUCAUCAGGUAUUAAAAGUCAGCAGUGAUGGCAAAGACAGAAUCUUGCUGACACUGGGAGAGGCUUUCACACCAGGAAGUGACAACAGCCACUUCUGCCAGCCCACUGAUGUGGCUGUGGACACUGAGACUGGGGACAUCUUUGUGUCUGAUGGAUACUGCAAUGCUAGGAUACUGAAAUUCUCUGCUGAUGGCAAAUACCUGACUGAGUGGGGUGCAGGCUCGUCAGACAGGAGAAGGAGGAUACCGUUCCUGAUACCCCACAGCCUGGUGUUCCUUCCCGGCAGACAGGAAGUUUGUGUGGCUGACAGGGAGAACGGACGUAUCCAGUGCUUCAUAGCGGCAACUGGAGAGUUUGUCAAGGAAAUAAAGAAAGAGGAGUUUGGAGGGGAAGUGUUUGCAGUCACUUUCAGCCCUGCCGGAGAUGGCUUGAUCUUUGCAGUAAAUGGGGACUCUCCAUAUCGCUCAGCUCCACUCAAAGGUUUUGUAAUAGAUUAUUCCACCAAGGAUAUUUUGGAGACCUUCAGCCCAGAAAAAAAGGAUUUUAAAAUGCCUCACGACAUAGUUGCAACCAGGGAUGGCAGCGUUUUUGUUGGAGAUGCAGGCAACAAAUCAGUCUUCAAAUUUACCUCUGAGAAGUUACAUCGCUCAGUGAAGAAAGCAGGAAUCGAGGUUCAAGAACUUGAAGAAAUGGAGACGAUUGUUCAAACCAAGGUGAGGCCGGAGCACAACAUGACGAAGACAGCGGCCAUCCAAGAGAAGCAAAUUGUGGCUGAACAGCCUCAACUACAGGAAGAGGCAGAAAAGGAGAAGAACAAAAGUGCAGCAAGGCCAAACAGAGAGCAGGGUGUACUCCCGGCCAUUAUCACCACCCUGCUGCUCAUCCCUCUGCUGCUGGUUAUCUCCAUAGGAGUCUUCAUCUGCUGGUGGAAAAACAAUCAAUGUGAUGUAAAAACUGAACCCACCACUGUGGGAGGAAUCUUGGGAAAAAUAAGAGGUAAAACAGUGGGCAGUCUGAACCUGGGGAACUUCUUUGCGACCCAUAAGGGUUACAGUCGUCAGGGCUUUGACCAGCUGAGUACUGAAGGUAGUGACCAGGAGAGGAACGACGAGGACAGCAGCGACUCCGAGAACGAGGAGUACUCCGCUCUGCCGCCUCCUCAAUCCUCCUCUUAGAUGCUCUGGGACCAGCCACCAACCUUCGGCUUACAUUGCCAAGAUGUAUGUUAUUCAUCAUGUGUGUAACUGCUGUGUUAGUUGCCAAUCUUAUUGUUUAUAUAUUUAAAAAUGUGCUGUAUAUAGAAUAACCUAGCAUUUAUUUAACCUUAAUUUAAUUUGCCCGUGGUCUUGAUACAGCCUUGGUUACACAUUACCAUAGAGGGUUUGUUUUUCCCAAAUCAGACUUUGUGAAAAUGCAUUGAAAUUGCAUUUAGUGAAAUCAUUAGCACACUCCCCAGGACAAAUGUUUGAAGUUCCUGCUAUCAGAUUCACAAGAACAAAUCUACCAAUGGGCUGAGGAAAUUUUACCUCCUAUUCAUGCAGUUUCCAUGGUUUCAUAGGAAACCCAACUUCAAAUAAUGAUUUAUUUAGAUCAGGAAUUUCAAGUAUUUCACAGUCAGUUGACAUUUGUUAUUCAUUUGUACUCAUAGCGUCUUGUUUUUUUACGACACUUAGUGUCAGGUGAGCUUGGAGACGCCCACACAGUCUUGCCACAAUUACCGUUUUGUGUUGGUCACCGUGCUUUCUCCAUUAAAAUAGGACCCUAAAAACCCACAUGUCAAGCUCCACAGUUUGGUGUUGUCUGACCAGGACAUUCACUUUGCACAUCUGUUUGCUCAUUGCACAAGUGGGAGGAGAGGUGCAAACUGGUGGAAAUGCAGAGAGAGUCCUUGGUAUUCUAGGAGUAGCAAAUUAAAAACUGGGAGAGAAUGUCGUAAUUGAACUCAAGUUGAUGCAUUUCAUUUGGCAUAAAAAAAUACUUUAGCUACUUUUAGUUGUGGUUAAAAUAUCUGAAAGCAACUGGAUGGAAUGUUGGUAAAUCAACAUCAAAUCUAUAAAUAAAUAUGGGUCAUUAUUCACACAUAGCAAAAUUGGUCUGGCUCAGUGACAGCCUACACAGUCCACUUACACUUGACCCAGGAAUUACAGUCCAUAUGUGGGCCAGAUCUGGUAGCCACUUAUCUCCUAUAUUAAGCUAACUACGUUGGACCAGACAAGUUUCAGCUUUGUCUAAACCUUAACUAAGCCACUCCAUUAAUAUAAUACAUUAUUUACAGAACACACACUUGCCAUAUUCGGCCCAAUUGAUAGUAUUAUAAACCCAUUUUUAUUUUUCACAUCAUGCCAAAACUAAAAUGAGAAUUUUCCGACAAUCUCUCUAAUCUCCUCUCCUCCCCUCUUCUGAUCUCCUCUCAUUUCAUUCCUUCAUGCCCCCUCUUGUCCGUGUGUAGUCAUAUAGUUAAAUGAUUACAUUUAGCCAGUAAACACUGAACAAUCAACACUUGUAAACCAUUGCAAAAAAAAACUUCUGAAAGACGAAGGCAAGAUGUGGCUACUGGCUGUCACUGGGCCUGAGCAAUUUUGCUAUGUGGGAAUAAUGAACCAUAUUUGUUUAUAGAUGAUUGAUUUACCAACGUUCCAUCAAGUGUUACUUUCAGGUAUUUUAACCACAUUAAGACCAAACCACUUUUGCUAUGGGCAGUAUCUGUUAAGCAUAGCUGCUUCAUACUGUAUGAAAACCUCAUUCAGUCCAUUAAAUCCCUGCAUCCAUCUGAAAGCAACAUUACAAAUAUGUUGCUAUUGCCUCUGAUUGUGCUGUACCAUAGCACAGUGCCACCACAACACUAUGUUUAUCUUGAUCUCCACAUACAUCAACAAUUUUUGAAAAUGAACUUAUCAUAUUUACUGAAACUUACACUAUAUCCUGACAGUAGUACAUGAGACUCAUAACCUGUGAAAAAAUCUGGUUCCUCUGGCUCCUCCUAGUGCCCCUAAUGGAAUUUGCAAGAAUCCACCAGGCCUGAACGCAAAAAACAACCAAUCAGAGCCAAAAAGUUAGUUGAUUGUCACGUCUCAUUCCCAGGUCGCCAUGUGCUGACACUGAUCACCUAUCUUCUAGCUUCCAACCCAAAGCGUCUUUCUAUCUUUCUCAGCUCUGAUUGGUUGUUCAUUCAGGCCUGGUAGAGACUUGCAAAUGCCAUAAGUAGCGCUAGUAGGAGGCAUUUCUUAGAAUAUGAUGUGACCGUUUAUAAUAAGUAAAUAAUAUAAUUUCCUGGGAGAGCAAUCACAAUUGGUUGAGCUAUUGUUAUCAUACCUCACUUGUUUCAAAACAAUGGGACCAGCAUUGUGAUUGGGUUUUGCACUUUGUCCAACUGCACAUACAUGAACCAAAUCAGCAGGUGAGCUUGGAGACGCCCACACAGUCUUGCCAUAAUUACCGCUUUGUGUUGGUCACCGUGCUUUCUCUAUUAAAAUAGGACCCUAAAAACCCACCUGUCAAGUGGUUGGUUUGAGUUGUUUUGCUGUUUGGUAUUUUGAGUCUGUUGAAUCAGAACUGGACUGACUUCAUGACAUUUCAUUUCAGCAGGAUUAGUUAUUGAAAUUUUUCAAUUUUAAAAAUGAAUAGUAUAACAGCACUGAUAUUAUAUACAGUAUAUACAGCUUAGUUUUAAUGGAAAACUACAUCCUUACUUGAUAAAGCUACAGACAUCAUUAUUUGAACAUACUUAUUUGGUCCAUGUUUCAGAUGAGUAACAUUUCACUUGUAAUUUUGUGCCUUUUUACAUCUGUGUUUUGCUUUUCUUCAGCAUCUGCCAUUAUAAAUCAUGACAAAAACAGCUGCUGCUAGUAGAGCUUGUACUAUAUUGAUUUCUCUUUCAGGUCAAUGGAAAAUGGAUAUUAUUACAUAUAGGUAUAUUUUUAUGUGUGUGUGCUUCUGCGUGUGUGUAUAUAUACACAAUGCCAAUCCAACAGCCAAGUCUCAAGCACUGAAACUGUUAUUGCACCAAACUCACUAACAAUAAAAAGAAACUGCUUGAAUUGAGAAACGGUUGCUACGUACACCUUACAUGUUGUAACUUAAAGGAACCCCAUCCGCUCCUAACAUACAAAUCAUAUACACUUUGUAUUUUUGCUCUCUAUUUUACUGUUCAUUUUACUGCUGUACUCUCAAACCUCACUUGAGCAGUUAACAUUUAAAAAGUCUGCACUUUUUCACCUAAUAUUGUAGGGCUGCAACUAGCAGUUAUUUUUAUCAUUGAUUAAUCUUGCAGUUACUCGACUACUUGAUCAGUUUGGGUUAAUGGUUUUUUUUGUCAGAGCAAUAGUCCAAACCCAAAGAUACUAAUGAUGAUCACAAUUAACAAAAAAAAUUGUAAAUAUUAACAUCUGAGAAGUUGGAACCAGUGAAUCAUUUUAGCUAAAAUAAUAUGAGUAAUUUAUUUCAAUUUAAUUGAAAUCGAUUAUUUGACUGAUUGCUUCAGCUCUACAAUACUGACAAUUGCAUGUUAUAUAUAUUUUAUGUUCACUGUGUUGGAUUAUGGGGGGCAUAUCAUAUGGAAAUGAAUGGAAACCAAUGGAUACCUGGAACUGCAAAAAAAAUUAAUUCAAAUUUCUACAUUCAAAUUUCUACUCAGCAGUAUUGUUGGUUAGCUAUGAUUUAAAGUUUAUAAUUUGAAGCAAACAUGCUAAAACAUGCAAAAUAGUUGCUAUGGUCCUUUUAAAUGUUUUAAUUCAUUAGGCCAUCCACAAGUGCAUCUCUGCAUUUGAAUGGAUCUGUUUCAGCAGCCUAAUCCAGUUCUGUUUUUUUGUUGAUUGUCAACUUUGUGCACAGGUAUAUCUAUCUGCUAUACCUGUGCACAAGGUUCACAAGUCCAUCACACUUUUAAUGCCACAAUGCACUGUUAAACAAGGUCAACCCACAAAUUAAAAGCAACUGUAUCAUGUAUCGUAUUAGACAGUGGCAGGAGCUACACAGUAUAAAAGCACUAGCAUUAAGUUUUGGAGAAAAAUGUAUAACUAACCUAGCACCUGGAUAAGCAAGAUCAAAGCAACAUUAAAUGUCAAUAAUUCCUCAAUUCCCUAACAUUCCUCACUUCGUGCUCAUCAUUUCUGUUCUUACAGGACAUUGUUUGAGAUUUUACUUAAAGCUGCAGUAGGUAAGUUGUAUAAAGAAUAAGUGUUUGUCAUAUUUGCUGGCAGUAGUACAUGACAGGUAAUUUGAGAAAAGAUCUGGUUCCUUUUGCUCCUAAUGGUAUUUGCAAGAAACCAGCAAGGCUGAAUGAAAACAGCCAAUCAGAGCCAAAAAAGAAAUUCGAUAGUUGAGUUUCAUUCUCAGGUUGUCAAAUACACAAGCUUUGGGUUGGUGGCUUGAAGAUUGAUCAUGAGUCUCCUGGAAAUGAGCUAAUGCCAUUAGGAGCACCGGGGGUAGCCAGAGGAAAUUGUUUCUCAAAUUAUCUGUCUCAUACUACUGUCAGGAUAUAGUAAAAGUGUCAGAAAAUAUGGCAGUUAUUUUUAUAAAAGUUACCUACUGUAACUUUAGAAUUGGAAAUUAUUACAUCUGAUUUGAUCAAUUAGUAAUUUAUGACUAGAAUUAGUGGAAAGCUGAGAAUCUGGUAGGAAAUGUGUUCACUCAAACCUACAACACUGGUCAUAGGUUGUCAGUAAAAGCUAGUUUGUGAAAUCUGGUGCAACAGAUCAGAAUAUUCAGUUUCAUUUCCUUUGCUUAAUCAUUCAUUCACUCCCUAUUCUUAAAUUUACUCUAUUCUUGGAUUCUUUUCAUCAGUUUCUGUCCACAUCCUCAGUUGUAGUAAAUUAUUGAAUGAAUGAUUUUCUUAAUGGCAUGCCAUAGAAAUUGCAUUUCCGAUGUUGCAGUCACAUGUGGGCUAUCUGAUAUUUAUUGUGACACUCUGGUUUUGCUGCAAGAGUACUAUUUUCAGUAACUAUGUUAUUUGUGUAAUAAAGUGUUUGCAGAGCAUCAAAA